CUUUGGGGUGAAGGGAGCGGAAGUCGCCCCCUCCCUCGACUCCCCCAGGCCCCAACGCCACCGUGUCCUCCCCCGCCCACAGCCGCGUCGCGCACCAACUCCAAUUCCUCCUCUCCGAGCGCCCCCACCCACCUCGACGCCUCGCCUCGGCCGUUGAGAUCUCGCGCGCCCGCGGCGGCAUGGCGACGCGCAACCGGACGCCGCUCUACCGCAAGUACCGCGACGCGCUGCGGCACGUCCGCGCGCCGCCCGGGGCGCCGUCGUCGUCCGGCGGCGGCGGCGGCGGGGGAGGGCCGGUAAUCGAGAUGGCCUCACUCCUGCGCUCCGACCGCCCCUACGCGCCCCUCAGCACCGACGACCCCUCCGCCUCCAGUAGAGGCGCUGCGACGGUCGGGCUACCCCCAGCCUGGGUGGAUGUCUCUGAAGAGAUAUCCGCAAACAUGCAGCGGGCAAGGACGAAAAUGGCGGAGCUGGCUAAGGCGCAUGCCAAAGCCUUGAUGCCGUCCUUUGGUGAUGGCAGAGACGACCAACGAGCCAUUGAGGUUCUCACGCACGAGGUAACGGACUUGCUAAAGAGGUCGGAGAAGAGGCUGCAGAAGCUGUCCAUGAAAGAUUCGUCAGAGGACUCAAAUGUCCGGAAGAAUGUCCAGCGUUCUCUUGCUACAGACCUGCAAAACCUGUCAAUGGAGUUCCGGAAAAAGCAGUCGUCGUAUCUAAAGCAGCUUCGUCAACAAAAAGAGGGUCAGGACGGUGUUGAUUUGGAAAUGAAUAUAAACGGAGCAAAGUCUACAUUUGAAGAUGAUGAGUUUGACGAUGUGGGUUUCACUGAGGUUCAGAUGUCAAAACUUAAGAAAAGCGAAGCCUUCACUAGAGAAAGGGAGAGAGAAAUUGAGCAGGUUGUUGAAUCAGUCAACGAACUUGCACAGAUCAUGAAGGAUCUUUCAGUUCUCGUGAUUGAUCAGGGAACCAUCAUCGAUCGGAUAGACUACAACAUACAGAAUGUUGCAGCUUCAGUUGAGGAGGGUUACAAACAAUUGCAAAAGGCUGAGAGGACCCAGAAGAAAGGGGGCAUGGUGAUGUGUGCCACUGUCCUUGUCAUUCUAAUCUUCAUCAUGAUAGUCCUUCUGAUUUUGAAGGAGAUCAUUUUCUGACAUACAUACCUAUCUCAUUCUACCGGGAACGCCGCAGUUCGUUUGAAUAGCGCGAUACGGUUCGCUGAUCUGAAGAUAGUUCUCCUGCCCAUUUUCAUAAUGGCUGGGCCAGCAACUGUCUUCCGUGUUGGCCACAAUUUUUUUGCAUCGUUGCAGAUGUAGAGAUGCUCUAUUCAUACAUGCCUCAUAUUUAUAGGGAAAAGAGGAUUGUUUUACACGUUUCACCUUCCAGUUUGCCUUGCGGCGACGAGGCUUGGCUGGUUGUUUAUGCCUCUGUAUAGGGUGAGUUGUAUCAUACAUCAGGUUAUCGGAAAUCAGAAAGUAGAUUCAGUUCCUUUCUGCUUUAUGUUGUCUGCCCUUCUAUUUUGAGCUAGUUUUGAAGUGGCAUUUCAUUGUACCAGACAUUCCUAACAAUUGUUUCUACAACUUUUCGCUCAUGUGUAGCUGAUU